GGAGUACGUCAUUUCAUCAGAACGCAAAAAGUAUUUUAUUUUUGUUUUGAAUCCAUUGACGAGUUCGUACUAAAACUCGUUCUUUCAACUACUUGGAUCUUGGUCAUCAAGAAAACAUACAUAACUUAUCAAUGUCAAUUUCAAAACCACCCAACACUUUCAUUAUUAAUUAAAGUCAUAGUCUUAUAAUUAUCAUUACAUUUAGUAGAUUAGAGACCCAUUUCAUUUCAUUUCAUUUGAGAAGAUGCUUCCACUAUUGAAGCUUGGAACGCUAGCGUUGAAAACUCUGAGUAAACCAUUAGCUGGUAAACUCAAACAACAAGCUGCUAUUCAUCCCAGAUUCCGUCAACUCAUCGUUAAUAUGGCUCAGAGUAAUCAUCAAAUUACAACAAAGAUGCAAAGGCGUAUAUAUGGACAUGCAACGGAUGUUGAGAUUCGCCCUUUGAAUGAGGAAAAAGCUGUUCAAGCUGCUGUAGACCUUAUUGGAGAACUCUUUGUCUUCUCGGUGGCAGUUGCUGUCUUGAUCUUUGAGGUACAAAGAAGUGCUAGAUCUGAAGCACGGAAGGAGGAGAUACGAAAGCGAGAGCUAGAGGCUGUGAGGCAAAAAAAUGACGGCUUGGCGGAAGAAGUAGAACUUCUUAAGCUUAGACUUCAAGAACUGGAACAGCUGGCCCGGGGACGAGGACUCACUGGCAUUCUAAAUUUCAAACACAUUAUUAGUAAGGAAAAUGAAAAGACGGAGAAAACUGCUUGACCUGAUGAAAAGAAUAAUUACUUUUCACAGAUUUUUUUCCCAUUUAUCUGUGGCAUAAAUAUAGUUUUGACACAGUUUCUGAUUCAUUUGAGGAUCUCCUAAACAAGAAAAAAAUUUCACUACAGUUUGAAACUUCAAAUUCUGCAUUUGUAUUGAGGAUAUGGAUAUCUCACUGAUUGAAAUGUUCUCACCGUAUUAGUCAAAAUAAUCUGCAGAAACUGUAUAGUUUUUGGUGACAGUCAAAGAUGUGACGCGAUCAAAUGAGUGGAAAAUUUAUCAAAUCAAAUGUACCAUUUACUUUGUUAAGUCCACUCUGUAUUCCUUAAAAAAAAUAUUUUAUUUUUCACAUGGUUA